AAUAUUUAUCAUUAGAUAACCAGUUAAUCACUGAAUAAUCAAAUCAUUUAUUAUGUGUUUAAAACAUUAAUUGAAUUAAAAAAUAAAAGUAUUAUAAUAAUUGAAAAAAUUAUUACUAAACUGAUCCACGAAAAUCUGAAAAAUUAUUUAUUUAACCAAUUAUUGCAAUGGUUUAUACAUUUUUGAACCGCAUUUUGCCUUGUACCAAAUCAUCAGUUCAUUUAUUAUCAUCUCUUUCUUUACCUCAAACCUCAUCAGUUUGUUUACAAACAUUAUCCAAAAGACAUUAUGCUUCUGAUAACGGUAGUGCAGACCUGGUUGUGAUCGGUGGGGGUCCUGGAGGUUAUGUUGCGGCUAUCAAAGCGUCUCAGCUGGGAAUGAAGACUGUAUGUAUAGAGAAGAACGACACGUUGGGCGGUACGUGUCUUAACGUCGGGUGCAUCCCAUCCAAAGCACUCUUACAUAACUCACAUAUCUAUCAUUUGGCCCAUAAUAACGAUAUGAAGAGCCGCGGCAUUGAAUUUGAUAAUUUGCGGCUUAAUUUGGAUACAUUGAUGGAACAGAAGCGAACUGCCGUCAAGUCAUUAACCGGUGGUAUCGCACAGUUAUUCAAGAAAAAUAAGGUGACACAUAUUAAAGGACACGGCAAGAUUACAGGUAAUAAUGAGGUAACUGCCAUAAAAACAGACAACUCUACUGAAGUGGUCAAAACAAAAAACAUAAUAAUAGCUACCGGUUCUGAAGUGACGCCUUUUGCUGGCAUUGAAAUUGAUGAGAAACAAAUAGUCUCAUCUACUGGUGCUCUAUCGCUUGAAAAAGUACCAGAAAAACUUAUAGUUAUCGGCGCCGGUGUUAUUGGUCUCGAGUUAGGAUCUGUUUGGUCACGAUUGGGUGCCAAUGUUACUGCUAUUGAAUUUAUGGGACAUAUCGGAGGCAUUGGAAUUGAUGCAGAAAUUUCAAAAAAUUUCCAAAAAAUUUUGGCCAAACAAGGAUUAAAUUUUAAAUUAAACACUAAAGUUACCGGUGCCACCAAACARGGAGGUAAAGUGCAAGUGUCCAUUGAAUCAGCUAAAGGGGGUUCACAGGAAACUUUGGAAUGUGAUGUCCUAUUAGUAUGUGUGGGUAGACGUCCCUAUACAUCAAACAUGGGUUUAGAAGAGAUGAAUAUAGUAAAGGAUGAGAGGAAUAGAAUCAAAGUUAACUCAAGAUUUCAAACCAAUAUUCCAAAUAUCUAUGCCAUCGGAGAUUGUGUUCCCGGUCCUAUGUUAGCCCAUAAAGCCGAAGAUGAAGGAAUUGUAUGUGUAGAAGGAAUUGCUGGCGGACCCGUCCAUAUUGACUAUAAUUGUGUGCCAUCUGUUAUAUAUACUCACCCGGAGGUAGCCUGGGUUGGAAAGUCUGAGGAAGACCUAAAAUCUCAAAAUGUGGAUAUUAAAAUCGGCAAAUUCCCGAUGUUGGCCAACAGUCGGGCCAAAACCAACAAUGACAGCGAUGGUGUCAUCAAAGUAAUCGCUGACAAGAAAACCGAUCGAAUACUUGGUGUUCAUAUGAUUGCAGGAGUCGCUGGAGAGUUGAUCAAUGAGGCGACAUUAGCCAUGGAGUACGGCGCCUCCUGUGAGGACGUGGCCCGUGUCUGUCACGCACAUCCCACCUGUGCUGAAGCAUUCAGAGAAGCAAAUUUAGCGGCAUAUUUCGGAAAAGCCGUCAACUUUUAAAUGUUAAUAGAAUUUAAUAUAAUAAUUAUUAUUAUCUUAUUAUAAAAUAUCUCAAU